AUGGCCACCAACAACCCUUGCACUCAUUCCUCCUUCCUCUUUUUUCUAUUGCUUCUACUACAUUUUACUUUAGGAAAAAGCCAGCUACAGGUGAAUUAUUACUCUAGCAGCUGCCCAAAAGCUGAAGAAAUCAUCAAGCAACAAGUCACUGCCCUGUAUCAUGAGCAUGGAAACACAGCCAUUUCAUGGGUUAGAAACCUCUUCCAUGAUUGCGUUGUUAAGUCAUGUGAUGCGUCCCUGCUUUUAGAGACGGCGCAUGGUGUAGUAUCGGAGCAGACAUCAGAGAGAAGUUUCGGAAUGAGAAACUUCAAGUAUGUCAACACGAUCAAAGCGGCCGUUGAGAAAGAAUGUCCUAUGACAGUGUCAUGUGCUGAUAUUGUUGCUCUUUCGGCUAGAGAUGGCAUUGCCAUGUUGGGAGGUCCUUCAAAUAUUGAAAUGAAGACAGGAAGAAAAGACAGCAAAGAAAGCUACGUAGCAGUAGUGAAAGACUUGAUUCCAAACCAUAAUGACUCCAUAUCCUCAGUGCUAUCUCGUUUUCAAGACAUUGGCGUUGACCUUGAAGCCACAGUUGCUCUUUUAGGAGCACACUCAGUUGGAAGAGUACACUGCAUGAAUCUGGUCCACAGACUCUACCCAACAGUGGACCCAACACUAGACCCAACACAUGCUUCAUACCUAAAACGUAGGUGUCCAACACCAAAUCCAGAUCCAAAAGCUGUCGAAUAUGUGAGGAACGAUCUGAAAACACCUAUGAUUAUUGACAACAAUUACUACAAGAACAUUUUACAAAACAAAGGUCUUCUCACUUUGGAUGCAGAGUUAGCCACUGAUCCAAAAACAGCACCUUAUGUACAAAAAAUGGCAGAUGAUAAUGGUUACUUCAAUGAGCAGUUUUCAAGGGCUAUUGUUUUGUUGUCGGAGAAUAAUCCUCUUGUUGGAGAUGAAGGUGAAGUUAGAAAGGAUUGUCGCUAUGUUAAUGAUAAAUAA